AUGUUCGAUCCAACGGAUCAUCAACACCGGCGUUACAAUCCACUGAACGGUCAGUGGGUACUGGUGAGUCCUCAUCGCAUGAAACGGCCCUGGUCCGGACAAGAGGAACAACAGCAGUCCGAUGAUCUACCCGAGUUCGACCCAGCUAAUCCACUUUGUCCGGGGGUGACCCGUCCCAAUGGAGUCAAAAAUCCCAUUUACGAGUCGACGUUCGUGUUUACGAACGAUUUUCCGGCCCUGUUGGAGCAGGUGCCGGAACCACCAGCGAGUGAUGAUCCACUGUUCCAGAUAGCACCGGCACAGGGUACCUGCAGGGUGAUGUGCUUUCAUCCGAAAUCGAACAAAACACUCCCGCUGAUGACGCCAAAGGAGAUUCGUAAUAUUAUUGAUGCUUGGAUCGCGGAAUAUCGAACGCUAGCGCAGCGUUACUGCUGGGUGCAGAUUUUCGAAAACAAAGGCGCCACAAUGGGAUGUUCAAACCCGCAUCCGCACUGCCAGAUUUGGGCUUGCUCGUUCUUACCGAAUGAACCGAAGAUUAAAGAUGAUAUGUUGCGGCAAUACUACGCCAAACACGGAACACCUUUGCUCGAUGAUUACGUGAAGCAAGAAUUGGUUAAAGGGGAGCGUAUUGUCAUCGAAAAUCCAGACUGGCUAGUGGUGGUUCCGUUCUGGGCAGUAUGGCCAUUUGAGACAAUGCUGAUUUCACGGAAUCGUAACAAGCGUAUCUCAGAUCUAACAGUGUCCCAGAUCAACAGUCUAGCGAUCGUGAUCAAGCAGCUGACCAUCAAAUAUGACAAUCUCUUCAAGUGUUCGUUUCCGUACAGCAUGGGUUGGCAUGGAGCACCCACGGCAGAGCUAGCGAGUGGUGCAACAAGUGACCAACAUUGGACCCUGCAUGCAAUUUACCUUCCACCUUUGCUUCGAUCGGCCACGGUGCGAAAGUUUAUGGUGGGUUUCGAGUUGCUCUGUCAAUCGCAACGUGAUUUGACCGCUGAACAAGCUGCUGACAGGCUGCGCGGACUCUCCGGCCAACGACACUACAGCGAUCAGCUUUGA